AUGGACACCAUGGACAUCAACGCAAGCCUCAAUGGAGGCGAAUCUUCAUCAUACCCAGAGGACCUCUGCCCGCCUGACAACUUCAACAUGGUCUCGACCUGGAUCUAUCGCAGUAGUUUCCCCAAGAAGAAGAACUUUUCCUUUCUGAAGAAGCUCGGCCUCAAGAGUAUCCUGACACUCAUUCUGGAGGACUACCCGGAUCAGAACAUGAAGUUCUUGAAGGAGAACAAGAUCACCCUCUUUCAGUUUGGAAUUGCCGGAAACAAGGAACCCUUUGUUCAAAUCCCAGACGACAAGAUCUGCGCCGCACUCGCAGUCCUCCUCGACCGCCGGAACCACCCCAUCCUAAUCCACUGCAACAAGGGCAAACAUCGUACCGGCUGCUUGAUCGGCUGUCUCCGCAAACUCCAACAAUGGUCCCAUACGUCCAUCUUUGACGAAUACCGUCGCUUCUCUCACCCGAAAUCUCGUUCCAUGGAUCAACAGUUUAUUGAGCUCUUUGAUGGCCGGGAGGCUUGGAAGGUUAUUGAUUCGAAAUGGAUCCCGGACUGGAAGACUUUGGGGCAUCAUGCGGGGGUGUAG